AUGACGCGAGCAAACGACGUCCUUUCCCUCUUCAUUUUUAUCCUUUUAUCAGCUUUUGGAGAAUCAUUGAUAGCUAUUUUAGGAGACCGGUUCCCUUUUCCCGAAAACUGCGACGGCGCGUCGGGUGAGCUGUUCCACCGUUUCGGACCCGGAGGGACUCGGCUCUUGGCCAUCAAGAAAUACGGUGUGUGGACCCCCGCCGCAGGUUACACUGACCGGAUCGGCGCCAACUCCUCUGUGGUCUUCAACCGGACGGUUUACAACGAUGGCGGGGGAACCUAUGAGUUCGAAUGCGGCGGUGAGACGAAGAUAGUGCAGCUGAAAGUUGUCAGAGCCGUGAAGAGGACGGUCCCGGUGGGAGAACUUGUCACUCUUCCCUGCGACUACGUAACCGCGGGAAAAAGCGGAUUGUACGUCGUCUGGAGGAAAAACGGGGCUAUUCUGGUUAAGCAGAAGGUAGAGCCCGGCGGAGGCACAGGCUCGGCGGCCGGAGGCAGACUCUCCUUACCCCCCGCCGGCCUCUCUGACGGGGACCUGUCUCUGAGGCUGAGCGGGGCACAGCUGGAUGAUGGCGGGGAUUACUUCUGCUCGGUUGAAGACAAAGACGCUCACGAAAACACAACUAUCGCUGUCGUCCGGCUGACCGUCCGGGAGGUAAUGGGACGUCUGUCCAGCACCUCCCCGCCCCCACGUGACGGUGGCGCUCACCAGACGACGCCGUGGAAGGUCUCCUUCGGCGUGGUCCUGGCUCUGUUUCUGCUCUCCGUUGCCGGGUUCUGUUGGUGGGUGUAUUCACGCAGACCGGGCUCCACAUCUGGAGCCAUGAAUGGAGGACAUUACGCAGCUGUGCAGAUGGCAACUUCCCCCCACUCCGCCGGUGCCUGA